AUGGCGGCAACUUGGGGAGAUAACGAUGAUGCCGAUGACGAAGGUCGUUCUGUAUCAUGUGCCUCGCAGGCCUCUUCCAUCUACUCGGCACAUGACAGCAAUCGCAAGACCGAACAGUUCGAGUUGAAUGACAAUUAUGCCCAGGAGAUGGGCUCCAUACCUUCUGCGGCUCAGCGAGUUUCUGCCUGGCUGCCCUGGGAGUAUGAGGUUUCCGAACAAGUUUUGCUCGCCGAAGAAGAGGCUUGUUCGCAGCGGAAAGCAUUCUACCAGACCUCUUCGGACUCGUUCAACGAUGCGAAACGCCGUUCUUCCGACACCCCUACUCGUGCGUGGCCACAGUACGUGACUGAUGGCAUCCGUCGAUCGAACUCCAUGACAGCAUUCUGUCGUAUCAGAGGACACCUGAAGGCGCCCGCCUUCGUCCAGAAAGCGCCACCAGCCAGUCCAGCAUUGACUGCAUGCACCGUCCACGUCUUCGAACCACCGAGGCUCGACACUGUAUACGAGGACGCUACGAACUUACUUACCAGUCACGUACCCAGGCAGACUGCUCAGACCAUACAGUCGGACUAUGGCAUGUAUCAGAUACUUUGGGAGGAACCCUCGAUGUAUUGGGCGGAGAGUCCAGAGCAAGAGUCUCCGCACGCCGGCGAAGAGAAUAGACAUGCCCCACCAAGCCCAAGGAUGGAGAGGGUGAAGAUAAAGCUUGCAGCGUGGCGCAAAAGGUCACUGGCGCACCUUAAUGACGACCACGAAAGACAGCAUAGAUGGUUGCCACUGUUGGAUACCAACGAGCGUCGACGACGCGGACGCUCGUCAGACCCCGAACCAGGCUCCGGUGAUGAUGGCCCCGUCGCGCCACCCAACACUGCACGGGACAGUCUGCUGUCAUCCGCAAAGCCUUCACUCCCACACAGUCCCGCAAAUGAGACAGCAGACGACGACUCGUCAGAAGGCUCACCUCUCCUUCUUGAUGUCAAUGGUAUUCUAGGCAGACCGCACACAGCACAACCAACGAGAAGCUCAACACCACGCAACGACUUCCACGCCUUGCCUCGACGCAGCAGCCUCCCACCCUCACCGAGCAUUCCUCGACAGCUGUCCGAGUUAGCAACAGGCGACUUACGCUUCCGCUCGCAUCGCGACUCGGUCGAAAUUACGCAUGGUCAUCUCAUGAGACAUCAGAUCGAAGGAGGCCAUAUGAACCAGCACUUGAUGAACUCGCAGGAUUCGUUCGUGUUGACGAAAUCGAAGUUGAAGACGAGGGAUGCUGCGCAUAGAGAAUCGUACCUAGGACCAAGUGUAUAUCGUGUCAGCGUGGGAGGGUUGAGUCCUAUUCUUGAUUCGAGCCCGCCGAGGUCGGGGGAAUGGGAGAGGUAUGAGUAG